AUGAAGCGGUGCAAGGCUGGCAAAAAGAAAAAGCCUUCUCAGCCCAGGGCUGAUCUAAAUCUUACAGAUAUGAUGAAAUCAUUGCCAGUAGGAAUAAGCGUUACAAGUGAGAAAAAUUCCAAGACUCCUAAGGCUGUGAGUGAGAAAAAGAAACCUCUUGAAGAUUUAUUAGGAAAACUACCUGGAAUUAGACUUGUGAGUAAAAAAGUUGUAAAACAACCAAAACCAGCUACUGCUCACAGGUCAAUAUUCUCAUGCCCAAAAUGCCCCCAAAUAUUUUCAUCCCAAGAACGCUUGAACAUUCACGAAAACAAUUGCCUGGAAUCUGAGCUAAUGAUAAAAAAGAAGCCCAACAUUUUCAAAUCCAAACAAAGCGAACUCUAUUACUUUGACAAGUUCCAAAACAUUUACAUUUGCACAACAUGCCACCAAGAAUUCGCAUUCAAAUCCGAAAUCGAUGAGCACAUUGAAAAAAAGCAUUCAGGCUUCAAGUGCAACAUUUGCGACGCUUAUUUUCCAAGCCUUGUCGAGUUAAGCUACCACAGCGCUAAACACAACCCCAGCAAAGCAAUGACUUGCCCUCUGUGCCAUUUCAAAACAGUCAUCAGAUCCAAACUAGCAUUUCACAUACAAACCGAACACGCUGUUGAUACUAAACUAACCGACGCCCAGUAUGUCCGUUUCGCUUGCGUGGUUUGCACCAAAACCUUCUACAACGAAGGCAAAUUGAUCCGCCACCAGAAAAACUACCACAAAGCCAGCAUCGAUAACGAACCCUCAAUGGGAGCUCGUUUGUUGACCCCAAAAAUCAAAUCUGAACACCCUCAGCCAUUGAAUUUACUUUGCGACAAUUGCGGCAAAAGUUUCAGCUCCAAAUACCGUUUGGUGCGGCACCAAAAAGCAAUGCACGAAGGGCUCAAGCCUUGGAUUUGCCGCUUUUGCAAUCGCGGCUUUACAGGCAAAGAUACGAUGCAAAAACACGAGCGGAUUCAUACGGGCGAGCGGCCUUACUCGUGCGAGUAUUGCGGCAAGUGUUUCAGGCAACCCGGGCCUUUUACUGUGCAUUUGAGGAUUCAUACUGGGGAAAGGCCUUACAAGUGUAAGUUUUGCAAGAAGGGGUUUAUUACUAAUCAGACUAAGAAGGUUCACAUGAAGAGAUGUCUUAAGCGUACUAGAGCUACUAACAAACAAAAAAACUUCAAAGAAGCUAGCGACGAUGAAGAUUUGGAUCUCUUGACAAGACUGAAAUUAAAAAAAGACGAAUUCGAAAACGUCAAACCCAAAAACAAAGUGAAAAAGCGGCCUGGAGUGCAAUCGUGGAACUGCGACAGGUGCAAGGAAGUUUUCUACGAUACUAAAUUGUGGCAACGUCACAAGCACAACAAAGAUUGCAGCUUUGAACCAUUAUUACCAGAAAAAACUGUUAAAAAAAGAGUUAGGAAACCCCCCCGCACUUACGCUUGCAAAUAUUGCGACCAAACAUUAACAAACUACAAAUUGUUCCAGGCCCACAACAAAACCCACAAACAAUUAUUUCCGGAUGAAACUACUGAAGAAAAACCUAAUUACAAGUUUGAUGAAAUCCAAGAGUUGUUUAUAUGCAAUGUUUGCUCGGCUGAAUUUCAGCUUGAAGCUGAAGCCAAGGAUCACAUGAAAUCGCACGAGAAGAUUCUUAGUUGCACAAUUUGCAAUAGCAACUUCAAAACUUACAUCGAAUUAGGGGUACAUUCAGCAGUACACAAUUCAGAAAAUAAAAUCAAAUGUCCAUUGUGCACCUACGAAACAACAACUUCUAGUAUUUACUGUUUUAAGACUCAUGUAAAUUAUGUGCAUUUGAGGAAGUUCCCUUAUUUUUGCAAAGAGUGCGGCAGAGGGUUUAGACAUAUUAAGUUCUAUCAAGACCACCAAAAUAUACACUCAGGCAAAAAGCCUUAUAUUUGCGUCGUUUGCCUGAAAGGUUUCCCUUACCCCAAAUACCUAAACAUGCACCAAGUGCGAAACCACCAAGUUGGCACUUCAGGCAGGAAAAUCGAACACGAAUGCAAAACGUGCAACCGCCAUUUCUACAAACCCGAAGCUUUAGCAGUGCAUUUUGAAACGUGCUACAAACGCAACAAGAAAACCAAAAGCGGCACCCCUGCCAAGUCGUUUUUGUGCGACACUUGCGGUCAAACAUUUACCGAAAGGGCCAAGCUUUUGGAGCAUCUUCGGGUGCACAGGGGCGAUUUGCCGUUUGUUUGCUCGUGGUGCGGCAAACGGUUUCCAGUAUUGUCUUAUUUGAAAACUCACGAGCGAGUUCAUACGGGCGAGAAACCUUACGAAAAACGAGCUUUAAAAAAGAAGAAAAUUCACAUAUGUAAAUAUUGCGAGGCCUCGUUCAAAACCGAAACAAUGUUGCGCGAUCACAAAAAAACUCACAAAGCUAAAGACUUUAUCGAAGAAGAUCCCUCGUACAAAUUCGAUUUGCUGCAAGACCUCUACAUAUGCCAAGUGUGCUCGGCCGAGUUUCAAAACGCCCAAGAAGUCGAAGACCACAUAAAAACUCACAAACCUAUUUUGAAAUGCUACGAGUGCGAUGAAUUAUUUAACAAUGCUUUUGAUCUUGGUAUACACUCUUCAAAGCAUGGAGAUGGUAAAAUCAAAUGUCCUUUGUGCAAAUAUAUAAGCAAAAGCUCUAAUCCGUAUAGUUUCAAGGCACAUGUAAACUAUACGCAUUUGAAAAAGUUUCCAUUUUAUUGCAAAGAGUGCGGUAAAGGUUUCAAGCAAUUUAAGUUGUACAAGGAGCAUGAAAACUUCCAUAACGGUACUAAGCCUUUUGAGUGUAUUGUUUGCAAUAAAAGUUUCAGCUUUGAAAAGUACUUGAUAGUACAUCAAGUGAGAAAUCACCAAGUGAGCUCCAGCGACUUAAAUGAGUGCAAAAGAUGCCACAAAUUAUUCAACAACUUCAAAGAUUUAGAAGAGCAUGUAAUUAUUUGUAAUUUUAAAAGAAAGACUGCCAAAAAGCCUAAUAGUUUCUUAUGCGACACUUGUGGACAAGGCUUUAUUGAAAAAUCAAAACUUCACAAACAUAUAAGAGUGCACAAAGGCGAUCUUCCAUUUGUUUGCACUUGGUGCAACAAAAAAUUCCCACAAAAGGAUUAUUUGAAAACACACGAAAGAGUGCAUACAGGUGAAAAGCCUUACUCGUGCGAGUAUUGUGGCAAGUGUUUUGGAUUCCAUGCACCAUUUAGAGUACAUAUUAGGAAACAUACAGGAGAGAGGCCUUAUAAGUGCGACUUUUGCUAUAAAGGCUUCACAACUAAUCAAGCCAUGAAGCUACACAAGAAAAAUUGCCUUGGAGAAUCUACUAAAUAA